GAGGGAAAUGCACCGCAAAAAGGUCGCGGUGGCAGCAAGCCCAGAGGAGAAGAGCCACAGCGGAGAAGAUCCGCAGCGGCGGCCGGGGAGGGAAAUGCACCGCAAAAAGGUCGCGGUGGCAGCAAGCCCAGAGGAGAAGGGCCACAGCGG